CAGACAAUCCAAAAGGCUAGAACUAGCAUUUGUAACAGUUCACUGCUCUUCCAUUUCCCUUGUAGGGGUGUGUGUGACCCUUUGUCUGCUUACAAAAUCCUCUACUUGUUUACUCUAACAAACUCCACUCUUUUCUUUCCCUACUUCACCAAAAUUGUGUUGCUUUAGAGAAUUCUGUUGAUGGUUCUUUUGAUCUGAGACAGUUUUUGACAGAAGGCGAAAGAACAAGUUUAAAGAAAGAUGGGAGAGAAGCCUGAAGUGUUGGAUGCUGUCUUGAAAGAGACUGUUGAUUUGGAAAACAUACCUAUUGAGGAAGUUUUUGAGAAUUUGAGAUGUACUAAGGAUGGACUUACUGCUACUGCUGCACAAGAGAGGUUGUCCAUUUUUGGGCACAACAAGCUCGAGGAGAAGAAGGAGAGCAAAUUCUUGAAAUAUUUGGGGUUUAUGUGGAACCCUCUCUCAUGGGUUAUGGAAGCUGCUGCUAUCAUGGCUAUUGCUCUUGCUAAUGGAGGAGGAAAGCCUCCAGACUGGCAGGAUUUUGUGGGUAUCAUUACAUUGCUUAUAAUCAACUCCACAAUUAGUUUUAUUGAGGAGAACAAUGCUGGCAAUGCAGCAGCUGCCCUAAUGGCUCGACUUGCUCCGAAAGCCAAGGUCCUUCGAGAUGGAAAAUGGAAGGAGGAAGAUGCUGCUGUUCUCGUGCCUGGGGACAUAAUCAGUAUUAAACUGGGAGAUAUAAUUCCAGCUGAUGCUCGCCUUCUUGAGGGUGAUCCGCUCAAAAUUGAUCAGUCUGCUUUGACUGGUGAAUCUCUUCCUGUAACAAAAGGUCCUGGAGAUGGUGUCUACUCUGGUUCCACGUGUAAGCAGGGAGAGAUAGAAGCUGUAGUCAUUGCUACAGGGGUUCAUACCUUUUUUGGGAAGGCAGCUCACCUUGUCGACAGUACAAACCAAGUGGGACACUUUCAGAAGGUUUUGACUGCUAUAGGAAACUUCUGCAUCUGUUCAAUUGCUGUGGGGAUGAUAAUUGAGAUUAUUGUGAUGUACCCUAUCCAACACCGCAAAUAUCGUCCCGGGAUAGACAAUCUUCUUGUUCUUCUGAUUGGUGGGAUUCCAAUUGCCAUGCCAACUGUUCUCUCAGUCACAAUGGCAAUCGGUUCUCAUCGUCUUGCUCAACAGGGCGCCAUUACGAAAAGGAUGACGGCUAUAGAGGAGAUGGCUGGCAUGGAUGUUUUGUGCAGUGACAAGACGGGAACCCUAACACUGAACAAGUUGACUGUUGACAAAUACCUUAUCGAGGUAUUUGCCAGAGGUGUUGAUGCAGACACUGUAGUUCUAAUGGCAGCUCGAGCCUCUCGAACAGAGAACCAGGAUGCCAUUGAUGCUGCUAUUGUUGGGAUGUUGGCUGAUCCAAAGGAGGCACGUGCUGGCAUUCGUGAAAUACACUUCCUUCCUUUCAAUCCAACUGAUAAACGAACAGCACUUACUUAUCUUGAUGGUGAAGGAAAAAUGCAUAGGGUCAGCAAAGGUGCACCGGAACAGAUUCUACAUCUUGCACACAACAAGUCAGAUAUAGAACGUAGAGUUCAUGCAGUGAUUGAUAAGUUUGCUGAGCGGGGUUUGCGCUCGCUUGCUGUGGCAUAUCAGGAAGUUCCAGAGGGAAGAAAGGAGAGCGCUGGGGGACCAUGGCAGUUCAUUGCUCUCCUACCUUUGUUUGAUCCACCUAGGCACGACAGUGCUGAGACUAUAAGGAGGGCUUUAAACCUUGGAGUGAAUGUCAAAAUGAUCACAGGGGAUCAACUGGCAAUUGGAAAAGAAACUGGGCGCCGUUUGGGUAUGGGUACAAAUAUGUAUCCUUCAUCUGCUCUGUUGGGACAGACUAAGGAUGAAUCUAUCUCUGCUUUGCCAGUUGAUGAACUUAUAGAGAAGGCUGAUGGUUUUGCUGGUGUUUUCCCUGAGCACAAAUAUGAGAUUGUAAAGCGCUUGCAAGCUAGGAAGCAUAUCUGUGGUAUGACUGGUGAUGGAGUCAAUGAUGCUCCUGCUCUAAAGAAAGCUGAUAUUGGGAUUGCUGUUGAUGAUGCCACUGAUGCGGCUCGUAGUGCUUCUGAUAUUGUCCUUACUGAACCUGGUCUUAGUGUCAUCAUUAGUGCUGUUUUGACCAGUCGAGCAAUCUUUCAAAGGAUGAAAAACUACACGAUAUAUGCCGUUUCUAUCACAAUCCGUAUUGUGCUUGGUUUUAUGCUUCUGGCUCUGAUAUGGCAGUUUGAUUUUCCGCCUUUCAUGGUGCUUAUCAUUGCAAUUCUUAAUGAUGGUACCAUUAUGACAAUAUCGAAGGAUAGGGUCAAACCAUCUCCACUGCCUGAUAGCUGGAAACUGGCUGAGAUUUUUACUACUGGAGUUGUUCUUGGUGGCUACUUGGCAAUGAUGACGGUCAUUUUCUUUUGGGCAGCAUACAAAACAAAUUUCUUCCCGCGAGUAUUUGGGGUAUCAACACUUGAGAAAACAGCAACUGAUGAUUUUAGGAAGCUCGCCUCUGCAAUUUACCUUCAAGUAAGUACUAUCAGUCAGGCCCUGAUAUUUGUCACAAGAUCUCGAAGUUGGUCGUUUAUGGAGCGUCCUGGGUUGUUGCUAGUGGUUGCUUUUCUGAUUGCUCAACUGGUUGCCACCUUGAUUGCUGUUUAUGCAAAUUGGAGUUUUGCUGCAAUUGAAGGAAUUGGCUGGGGUUGGGCUGGAGUGAUCUGGCUCUACAAUAUUGUGUUCUAUCUCCCGCUAGAUUUGAUCAAGUUCUUCAUCCGUUAUGCUCUCAGUGGGAAGGCCUGGGAUCUUGUUAUUGAGCAAAGGAUUGCUUUCACCAGAAAGAAGGAUUUCGGGAAAGAACAGCGUGAGCUUCAAUGGGCACAUGCACAGAGAACCCUGCAUGGCCUCCAAGUUCCAGACCCCAAAAUAUUUAGUGAAACUACCAAUUUCAAUGAGCUUAACCAGUUGGCUGAGGAAGCGAAGAGGAGAGCUGAAAUUGCUAGGCUACGUGAGUUGCACACACUGAAAGGUCAUGUCGAAUCAGUGGUGAAGUUGAAGGGUCUUGACAUUGAGACAAUUCAGCAGUCAUACACUGUUUAAGUGGAAAGUCUGUUUGGGAGGUGUAGUUAGGUGUGGUGAUGGCAGCUAAAAUAUCAAUGUCAUAGUUAGUUACGGUUGAAAUAACAUGUUCAUAUUAGUGACAUCUUCAGCACUUACCAGUGCCUUAUAGGUUACUUUUACUUUUGAAGUUCUUAUUUUUGCCCUUUCCUGCCUUUGUGUCCUAGCUCCUGUAGAUGUAGCAGUAGUAACCCAGUCCAGAGUGUGAACAUCAAGUUAUGCCUGCAUUCGAUGUCUAUAUUCGUGAAAGCUUUUCUCUCAUUAUAUAUCGUAUUUGGCGUCCACUAUAUGUUGUGCUGGUUUGCCUUCA